AGAAGCCUCAUUAAAGGAGGGAUAAAAAAAAAUGGAUCGGAACCACUUUGUGUUAAUAUGAGAACACUUUGAAGGACAGUUUAUCCAUUCCUCCAGACAAAUAUCCCACAUGAGGUGUUAAACUCACUCUUCAUCUCGCUGUUUUCUCUCCUGGGUGUGUGAUUGACCCCCCCAGUGGUCGCGCACCACCUGUGGCAGAUGAGUCAGCCAUCAGCGCGUUUGACCCCUGUAGGUUGUUUUUAUUUAUUUAGGGACCAGUGUCACUCAUAAGAAAAUCCACAUCUUAGCUGUCGACGUCCUCGCAUUGCUGCCCAGUUAAUCAUCUGCCCACGCCAGGAUGCACAGCUCCGCUCUGCAAAAUUACAGAAAUGUUUCCGCCUGUUUGUCAUUGCUUUGACUGCUGGAUGUAGACGCGGACGCGCCGUCAACAUCACCGCCGUCGCAGCUACAGCUGAUUGGUGCUCAAGUUUGUCACCUUUUUCUUUUUGUUUUCUUUUUUCUUUCCUUUUUUUUCUCUCUUUUUUUUCGGGGGGAGACUGUGUGACAGUUAAGGUGAGAUUUUUUUUUCCCUCCACACGGGAAGCGCCCCAGUAAUCAUUUCGUGGCCGCGCGCAGUAUGCGAGCAGAGGGGCUGGAGGUCGGCGGAGCCUGGGUCUGAUCCCUCAAGACACCGUGCGCGUCUUUCUUGGACACAUCUUGGAAAUUAACUGUGCUUUGGCACACUUCUUUUUAUUUACUGGCACUGCGAUGUCCUCAAGAAAGACAUCGUUGACGGACAAGCAGGGUAAAAACGGCACGUCAAAAUAUGUGUUGGAGAGAUGCGCCUCUAUUAAUGAGUAUUAUGAUAUUGCCUUCAAGGUGAUGCUCCUUGGAGAUUCAGCAGUGGGGAAGACGUGCAUCUUGGUGCGCUUUAAAGAUGGUGCAUUUCUGGGAGGCAACUUUAUAGCCACCGUUGGAAUAGACUUUAGGAAUAAAGUAGUGGAUGUGGACAACCUGAAGGUCAAACUCCAGAUCUGGGAUACAGCCGGUCAAGAGAGAUUCCGCAGCGUAACACAUGCCUACUACAGAGAUGCCCAGGCAUUACUUCUGCUUUAUGAUAUCACCAAUAAGCCAUCAUUUGACAAUAUCAGGGCUUGGCUGACUGAAAUACACGAAUAUGCCCAGAAGGAUGUGGUCAUCAUGUUGCUCGGCAACAAGUCAGACAUGGCUGCAGAGAGGGUCGUGAAGACAGAGGAAGGAGAGAAGCUGGCCAAGGAAUAUGGAGUUCCAUUUAUGGAGACCAGCGCAAAGACGGGCGUCAAUGUGGAGCUGGCCUUUCUCGCUAUUGCAAAGGAGCUGAAACACAGAGCGACGCAGCAGCCAAACGAGCCCAAGUUCAAGAUUCACGACUACAUCGAGUCUCAGAAGCAUAAGUCUGGCUGCUGUAGCCUCGUGUAGCUGAUGCUGAACAACAGGCAAAGGGAGAGAGAAAGACAGACAGACGCAGAUUAAGAAAAGCUUAAGUGGAGGAAGGGUAGGUUGAAGGUUGGGAAUGAAGUAAAAAUGUCAGCUUUCUCUUAUAAAAGCCAGUCCUAGCACCAAACCCCGAGAAGUGGCUGUCCUAUAUUUCUCCACGGAGCUGUUGGCUGAAUGAAAGUGAAUCUGGAUUGGCUGCCAUCCCUUAUCUGAAAUGUGAAUUUAAAUUGUUUGUGUCAUAUGUAGAAAUGUCUGUGAUCUUUGUGGUGACAGUUAUAUCAAAGUACAGGUCAGGAGUUACAAUCUGAAAUGCUAUAUCCAUCUGCAGGGACAAAAAGAAAAACACAUUGGCCAUCCCAUACUUGCUAGUUUCAUAUGAAACAUCCAUUUGACUGUUGAUGUGGAUAUAGCAUUUUUCCAUGUAGCUCUGAGUUAACUUCAUCCCAGUUUACCAGGCUGUGAACUGAACCCUUUUUGGCCUUACAGUCUUCAACUUUAAUUAAUGAGAGCAUAGUGUGUUUGAGAAGUUGACUUCAGUCUCACGAUCAGAUUGUAGCUAAAUGAUCCUGUCUGUUCACAUCUGUACUGCUGUUGGAUAAAAUAAAGCCAAUAUUUUGAGGGCACUUGCCCACUGUGUCUGUCUGUACAUUCAAUUCAGGGCCUGUGAAAGUCCAUCCCGUGUACCUGUUGCAUCCUGCUACAUACAAAGCGCCAAUUUUUACUCUUCAUGUCUUUGCUUCAAGAUUUCUCAACAUGCAGUUUGCAUCUACCCAUUCGCACUCACUCCCUGACAUCACUGUGUCUCCUUUAAAGAUGGUUUGUUGUUGUCAAGAUUGUGCCGAAGCUGUAUUUGUUCACACAUCACAUUGUGUAGUUUGUUUCUUUGUACACUGUUUAUUAUGAAUGUUUGAGUGUCAAACUUGGUCCCUCUUCGGAGGUGUCACAGUGAUCACAAAGUGCCAUUAAAGUGCUUUGUUAUCAUACUAUAUAAAUAUAUAUAAAGUAUAUAUUUGUAAUGUA